UUUUUUUCAAACAGUUUUUUUUUAUUCUAAGUAGUGGAUGAGUUAGUAAAAAUGUUUCAUGUCGGAAUUUUCUUAAAGCGACACCGCUGUUACUCGUCGUCAUUCAUCUUGGGUCAUCGAAACACAGAAAUAAAAGUGAUCGCAGAUCCUCGCCAUGGAGCUGGCACACAGCCUGCUGCUCAAUGAAGAUGCUUUGGCACAGAUCACUGAGGCUAAAAGGCCCGUUUUCAUCUUCGAAUGGCUUCGCUUCCUGGAUAAAGUGCUUGUGGCAGCGAAUAAGGUAGAUGUAAAGGAGAAGCAGAAGAAGCUGGUGGAGCAGCUAACAGGGCUGAUCAGCAGCGCACCGGGACCUCCAACAAGAAAACUCCUGGCUAAAAACCUCGCCACUUUAUACAGCAUUGGUGACACCUUUACUGUUUUCCAAACUCUGGAUAAAUGCAACGAGAUCAUAAAAAGCAAGGAUGACACGCCCACAUACCUGCCAACAAAACUUGCUGCAGUUGCAUGUGUGGGAGCUUUUUAUGAAAAGAUGGGCAGGAUGCUUGGAAGCUCUUUUCCAGACACCAUUAACAACCUCCUGAAAGCACUAAAGGGCGCCGAGUCCCAGGGCAGAGGGGAGAUCCUCCUCAGUCUGCAGAAAGUGCUGAGCGGAUUAGGAGGAGCAGCAGCUUCGUGUCACAGAGAUAUCUACAAAAAUGCUCGCUCUUUACUCACAGACAGAUCUAUGGCGGUGCGCUGUGCUGUUGCUAAGUGCCUGUUGGAGCUGCAGAACGAGGCGGUCUUCAUGUGGACCACGGAACUGGAGAACAUGGCCACCUUGUGUUUCAAAGCUCUGGAAGGGUCUAACUACGGUGUUCGGGUAGCAGUGGCCAAACUGCUGGGUACCGUUAUGGCUACCGCUUUGAUGCCGAAACAGGCUGCCGUCAUGCGUCAGAAUGUGAAGCGGGCCACGCUGGAGGAAGUACUGGAACUGAUGGCCACAGGAUUUCUGCGUGGAGGCUCUGGUUUUCUGAAAAGUGGCGGCGAAAUGUUGAAGGGUGGAGGCUCUGUGAGCAGGGAGGUGCGGGUGGGCGUGACUCAGGUGAGACUCUCAGACCUUGUGCUGAUCGAUCCACACAGCUGUCACUCAUCGCCGCCUCCUCCUCCUCAGGCUUAUGUCGUGUUCGUGACUACUCUGGGUGGCCAGUGGCUGGAGCGCAACUUUGCCACAUUCCUGUCCCACGUUCUGGACCUGGUCUCCCACCCGCGGGCCACGCAGACGCACGUGGAGGCGGUGUACUCACGCCGCUGUGUGUCUUUCAUGCUGCGCGCCACCCUCGGAGGCUUGCUCGGAGAGAAGGCACAAAUUGCAGCCGGGAAAGAAAUUUGUCAAGCCAUCAGCAAGCAGAUGAGGGCUGUGGGUAAGGAGGAUGGGGGGGAAAUAUCACGGUUCAGAGCAUUACAGAAGGCUGUAGUGAACGACAUCAGCGGUGAGAACAAGGCCGGAGCGGCAGACGUGUCUGCCAGUCAGCACGUCAUGGUGUGCGCCCUGAAGGAGCUGGGCAGUUUAGUCCAGAGUCUGAGCGCCACGGCCUCGCCCCUCAUCCAGGAGCCCUCUGUUGGACUCCUUGAAACAGUGACAUCCGUGCUGCUGCACCCGAGCAUGGCGGCACGUUUGGCUGCCGCAUGGUGCCUGCGCUGCGUUGCCGUGGCGCUGCCCUAUCAGCUGUCUCCGUUACUGGACCGUUGUGCGGAGAGGAUCAACAAUCUGAAAAGCUCGCCUGAGGCAGUGAGCGGCUACAGCUUUGCGAUGGCGGCUCUGCUGGGAGGCGUGCACCAGUGUCCUCUGGGAAUCCCGCACUCCAAGGGGAAGUUGGUGGUCAGCAUAGCUGAAGAUCUCCUCCGGACGGCCGCUCAGAACAGCCGGCUGUCCCUGCAGCGCACUCAGGCGGGGUGGCUGCUGCUGGGGGCCCUCAUGACUCUGGGCUCCUCCCUCGUGCGCUACCACCUUCCCAAAAUGCUGCUGCUGUGGAGGAACGUCUUUCCUCGCUCCCAGAAAGAGCUGGAGGCAGAAAAGGCCAGAGGAGACUCCUUCACCUGGCAGGUCACCCUGGAGGGCCGAGCUGGAGCACUUUGUGCCAUGCGCAGCUUCGUGGCUCACUGUCCCGAGCUCCUCACUGAAGACGUCAUCCGCAGACUGAUGUCCCCCAUUGAAUGUGCCAUGACCAUGCUUUCACAUGUUCCUGCCAUCACUAAGGUCCACGGUGCUCACCUCAAAGCAAGUGCAGCCAUGGUGAGGCUCAGGUUAUACGACAUCUUGGCUCUAUUGCCUCCUAAGACUUAUGAAGGAAGCUUCAACGCUCUCCUGAGAGAGCUGGUGGCGGAGUUCACGCUGACCGAUAACUCCGCCAACACCACCACGUCUCUGCUGCGCUCGCUGUGUCACUAUGACGACAGCGUGCUCAUGGGCUCCUGGCUGCAGGAAACCGACCACAAGUCCAUCGAGGAUCAACUGCAGCCCAACAGUGCAUCUGGGAGUGGAGCUCUUGAACAUGAUCCUUCCUCCAUCUACCUGCGUGUUCCCGUGGGCGAGGCCAUCCCAGGGCCCCUGCCUUUGGGCGUGUCGGUCAUCGACGCUUCAGUGGCUCUAUUCGGGGUGGUUUUCCCCCACGUCUCUUUCAAACACCGGCUUCAGAUGUUGGACCACUUUGCAGAGUGCAUAAAGCAGGCUAAAGGGGUCCGACAGCAGGCGGUCCAGCUGAACAUCUUCACCGCAGUGCUCAGUGCUCUUAAGGGUUUGGCUGAGAACAAGAGCACUCUGGGACCAGAGGAAGUGCGGAAGUCGGCCUUGGCCCUUGUUAUGGGAGCGCUGGACAAUCCCAAUCCCAUCCUUCGCUGUGCUGCUGGAGAGGCUCUGGGGAGGAUGGCUCAGGUGGUGGGAGAGGCCACCUUCAUCGCCAGAAUGGCACAAACCAGCUUUGACAAACUGAAGUCGGCCCGCGAUGUGGUGUCACGGACGGGCCAUUCUUUGGCUCUUGGGUGUCUGCACCGAUAUGUGGGGGGAAUCGGUUCUGGUCAGCACCUAAAGACCAGUGUCAGUAUCCUGCUGGCUCUGGCCCAGGACGGCUCCUCUCAUGAAGUUCAGACGUGGGCUCUGCACUCUCUGGCCCUCAUCGUGGACUCCAGCGGUCCCAUGUACCGGGGCUACGUGGAGCCCACGCUGUCCCUGGUACUGACCCUGCUCCUCACUGUGCCGCCGUCCCACACUGAGGUUCAUCAGUGUUUGGGUCGCUGCCUGGGAGCUCUCAUCACCACCGUGGGGCCAGAAUUACAGGGAAACAGCGCCACCAUCUCCACCAUCCGCUCAUCCUGCCUGGUUGGUUGCGCCAUAAUGCAGGACCACUCCGACUCUUUAGUCCAGGCAGCCGCCAUCUCGUGUCUGCAGCAGCUGCACAUGUUCGCCCCUCGCCGCGUUAACCUCUCCAGCCUGGUGCCCUGCCUCUGCGUGCACCUGUGCAGCUCUCACCUACUGCUGCGCCGUGCCGCCGUGGCCUGCCUGAGGCAGCUCGCUCAGAGGGAAGCAGCAGAGGUCUGUGAGUACGCCAUGAGCUUGGCGAAGCGAGCAGGAGACAACAAAGACAGCACUGCGAUCAAUCUGAACAUUACUGAGACCGGUCUGGAGGGGGUUCUGUUCGGCAUGUUGGAUCGGGAGACAGACAGGAAGUUAUGUUCGGACAUCCACGACACCUUGGGUCACAUGCUGUCUUCGCUCGCUGUGGAAAAGCUCAGCCAUUGGCUGAAACUUUGCAAGGAUGUUCUUGCAGCAACUACAGACGUAGGGGGAGCUGUUGCGUUCCAGGUGGAAAAGGAUGAAGACUCGGAGAAAAAAGACGAGAUGGACGAUGACACCAUGUUCACGGGGCUGGGAGAAGAUGAUAAAAGCAAGCCCUCCGUGGCGCCACGCUGGGUGACGCGGGUGUUCGCCGCAGACUGUUUGUGUCGCAUCAUCUUGUUGUGCGAGAAUGUGGACAAAGUGCACUUUGACCUCGCUGCGGCGCGUGCAGCGAAAGCCAAGAACACCAAAGGAGAUCUGUUGGUGCUCCAUCUGUCGGACCUGAUCCGCAUGGCCUUUAUGGCGGCCACGGACCACAGUAACCAGCUGAGGAUGGCCGGCCUGCAGGCUCUGGAAGACAUCAUUAAGAAGUUUGCUUCGGUUCCAGAGCCCGAGUUCCCCGGACACGUUAUCCUGGAACAGUACCAAGCCAAUGUUGGAGCUGCUCUCAGACCUGCAUUUUCUCCAGAUACGCCAUCUGACAUUACAGCUAAAGCCUGCCAGGUGUGCAGUACGUGGAUCGGCAGUGGCGUCGUCAGUGACCUGAAUGACCUGCGGCGAGUCCACAACCUGCUGGUGUCCUCACUGGACAAAGUUCAGGCUGGGAAGGGCUCGUCCAGCCAGCUGUACAGCGAGAGCGCCACCACCAUGGAGAAACUGGCUGUGCUGAAGGCGUGGGCGGAGGUGUACGUAGUGGCUAUGAAGGUCAAAAAGGAGGCGGAGUCUAAGCCGGCGAAGGUGGUCAGGAGUGGAGAUGAGGAUGAGGAUGAGGAGGACCUGGGUGCAGAUGUGCUUCCUCCUGAUAGUCUGAUCACAUUGGUGCAGCCUGAGCUGCCCACACUGAGCCGCCUCUGGCUGGCCAUGCUGAGAGACUACGCUCUGCUGACGCUGCCUGCAGAGUUCUCCAGCCAGCUGCCCCCUGAAGGUGGAGCAUUUUACACCCCAGAGACCAUAGACACAGCCAGACAUCACUACCGCAGCUCGUGGGCGCCCGUCCUGCACGCGGUGGCCCUGUGGCUCAACAGCAACGGGUUCACGGCCACCGAGGACCAAGACGAGGUCUCGCCGGCGUCCUUCAAGCCCUCUAACGUUCCUCAGGCUUCUACAACAAAGACCUUUGAGGAGUCGGUCAAAGACAAAUUGCAUUUGAUGUUAGGCGUCAGCAUCGAGUUUCUGUGCUUCCCUCGACCAGAGGAGCCGAUUGAACACGUCAUUUCCUGCCUGCAGGCUCUCUGCACGCUGUUGGAAACACCUUGUGUUAAAAAGCACAUCGCGGAAGACCAGCUGCUGGCGGUGGAGCUCCUGAAUGUGCUCCACAGGCUGCUGUUGACCAGAGAUCCACCUGCUGUGCAGCUCCACGUCACCGCUGUUGUGCAGGAGACCAUCCGGGCCGCACAGGACCAUCUGCAGCAGCAGCGGGCAAACAAAGGAAAAGAUGAAGAAAGCGAGAAAGACUCUCAGUCCAGUCUGGGAGAAGGAGGGGAGACAGGGGAGCUUGUUCCUGGAAAGUCCCUGGUGUAUGCCACCAUGGAGCUGCUCGUCUUCAUCCUGGUCCGCCACUUACCGCAGCUCAAUUCCCGGGUGAAGGAGUCGCCCAGCCACGUGCCUCUACGGCCUCAGAGGUUAUCAGAAGAGAGUGCUCGGCUGGUGGCAAACACUGUUUCUAUCCUGGCAGAGUUGCCGUUGCUCUGCUCUGCUGCUGGAGGCAUGACCAUCUUACCCACCGUGCUCUUCUUAAUCACCGGGGUUCUGAGGGACACUGCAAUUAAAACUCCUGACAAUUCAGUGCCUCUUCCUGUAGCUGCUGCCCUGCAAGGCAUCAAGGUCAUCCUGACCUCACCUAUGGCCAGGGUGGAAAGCAUUCAGACGCGGUGGACCGCUCUCGUGAGGAGCAGCUUGGCAUCAGUGCUGGAGUACUCUCAGCCAGAUGAAUCCAGGCCGGAUAUGGAUGAGGUCAGCAUGUUGACCGCCAUCCCUCUCUUCCUGCUGUCAGCCAGUAAUGAGCUGGUUGGAGUGGUGGUCCUGCAGAAGGGCUGCAUCGACCGCUUCCGAAAUGCCCUCAACUCUAGUGACCCCUGGGUUCAGGCGCGGUGUUACCAGCUGUUGCUGUCGGUGUUUCAACACUCCAACCGCGCCCUUUCCACCCCGUACAUCCACGCCCUGGCUCCACUCAUGGUGGAGAAGCUGAAGGCAGUGGAGCGCAGUCGGCCGGGCUCUGCCGCAGAGCUGCAGGCGGUGCAGGAGGGCAUCCGGGUCCUGGAGAAUCUGGUCAGCAUGGGUGAAGAGAAGAACCGGGUGCAGCUUCUGGCUCUCCUGGUACCAACUCUCAUUUCUUACCUUUUGGAUGAAAAUGCCAUCUCCUCUGCACCUCAAGUCUCCAGGAGUCUUCAUGACUUUGCCCUUCAGAAUUUAAUGCGGAUUGGCCCCCUCUAUCCAGCUGCCUUUAAGACAGUAAUCGGUGCAGCACCUGAGCUUAAAACCCGUUUGGAAUCUGCCAUACGGGCCAACCAGGCCAGCAGCAAAGCCAAAGCUGCAGCCAGGCAAGCUCAGCCAGCCGUGCAGGCUGCUCCCACCAUCAAGCUGAAGACCAGCUUCUUCUGAGCACCACAAUAACACGUCUCAUUUUAUGCUGUUUGCUUUUCUGUAGGGUUUUUUUCUGUCUGCAUUAAUUUUGCCACAUUAUGUCCAUUAAAGAACAUUAAUUUAUGAAUUAUAGCUCUCAUAUUGUUUUAUUAGUUAAAUAUUCUUUUGUGGUUAUGAAAAGCAGUGGUGUAAAUAUAUUUCAAAACUUUGAAUGUCCGGUUUUAAAGUCUCCAACAUUUUUUGAGUUUGAUGAAUGUAUCAUAAUUUCCCAGAAGCCCUCAGGCUCCGUCCCUGGAGUCUGUUUGCUGUGCAGCUCAUGUUUGCAGAGAUGUUUCUUCCAUGAUCUCUUUGCAUCACUCGUCAUGUGGCAGUCCUAAUGUUUGUGUUUACUGCAUCUGUUGUUGUUUGUUUGGAGUUAAAUCACUCACUGCGUGGCCUUCCGGUCUACUUGUUUGUAAUAAUGUAAAAUGUUUGAACUUCUCACUUGAACAGGUACUCGGCUUUUUAAACUUCAAUCUACAUUCCUCCUACAUGACUGUAAAAUGAAAUUGGAAAUUAGUCUCUAUGUUGAGCCAGAAAUGAGAUUUUUAUUGGAACUAACAGAAAAGCAUAUGCAUUGUAUCCCUAAAUCUUUUAUCUUUUAAUGUAAGUGCUGAAUUUUUAUUUCAUUUUUUUUUUUUUUUAUUGCUUAUAAUUGAUUUAUAUUAUUAAAUUGUAUUGCUAACCACCUGUAAGCAUCAAGUCUUAUAGUAACUCUGCAGAUUUGUUUGGCCACCUUAGUCUCAUUUUUCUUUUUUUAUAAUUAUUAUUAUGUUUCUCUCAAAAUUAUGUUAACAUAAUUUAAUAGAUUUUAAAUUUUGAGUUACUGUUACAAAUUUGUUUUGCCAGGAAAAUAAAAGGUAAAUUUGGAAAUUUGUAAAUAAACGUGAAGCUGGUGUUGUCAA